AUGUCUUCGCAGGCGGCUGGGAGCACCGUAUCGCCCAAGGAGGCUGUCGCCUCGCCGUCAAAUGCCGUCGAGCACAAGGACGACGAUGACGGAUGGAGCGGAGAGGAGGAAGAAGCCGACGAGGCCGGAGAUGGUCCACGCAAGCGCAAGCGUCCUAUGAGCGUAUCGUGUGAGUUGUGCAAGCAGAGGAAGGCAUGUCACACCCGCAAUUCCCACCGUCCGCUCUGUUGGGUGUCAUUGACGUGAUGUGCGCAGGUAAAAUGCGAUCGCGGUCAACCUUCAUGUGGAUGGUGCGUACGAAAUAGUCAAGUAUGCGAAUAUCGAGAACGCAAGAAGCCUGGCCUGCGUGCUGGAUAUGGAAAGGAGUGAGCGUAAUCGUCGUAGAUUCGAAGAACGUCAAGACUGACAAGCCUAGGUUGGAAUCUCGCCUGGGUAGGUCUUGACACCUCAAUCUAUGCUCAUUGGGACAUCGAUUUGCCAUCAGAGCUGGAGAAAGAUUCCUCCUCGACCAAUCCAACAUACUGACCUUCGACUCAAGACAAGUUGGAGGGUGUCCUGAACAAUCAACAACACCUUCUACAGCACCUCGCCACCCAUCUACCAGGGGUGCAAGCAGCCAUCUCUCCGAGCAAUUCAGAACAUGGCCCACAGGCGCAAUCUGCACUGUUCAUGCAGGCUCCCGACAUGUACCCUACGGCAACGCCAAUCCAGUACAAUCGGUUACACUCCCAACCUAGCAACGAUCUAGGUUCGCAUCAAACCCAGCACCAUCAUCACGCCACACGACCUGCUAUACAAGUGUCACCUACCUCAGCAGCAGACGUCUAUGCGCCGUCAAAUCCUCCCCUCGAGUCGCCGAGCUUGAACAUCACUGCUACUACGUCCCAAGAUGGAGCCAUGCAGGCAGUCUCUCAGGACCAGGACUUUCCGCCAUACGACCUUCUAUAUGCGCUAACAGAUCUAUUCUUCAAACAUAUAAAUACCUGGUGUCCGAUCCUUCAUCGUCGAAGCACAUUGGAUUCCCUUUUUGGCCCGAAUACGCUUGAGGAAGCAGAUCGGAUCUUGUUGCAUGCGAUUGUUGCUACUACUCUCAGGUUUUCGACAGACCCACGCCUCAGUAAUCAGACCCGGGAACGGUAUCAUGCAACCUCAAAGCAGAAGGUAUGAGCCAUUUUUCUUCGGGUGACUUUAGAGUGAUUGUGCUCACGCAUGUAGGUCUUGCUCUACGGGUUGGAGAAUAGCUCCGUCAAAGCUCUACAGGCUCUGGUUAUCAUAGCACUUGAUACUGUCGGCAGUUCUAAUGGACCCCCAGGCUGGAAUCUACUUGCGCUUAUUACUAGGAGCGUCGUCCAGCUAGGACUGGCAGUCGAGACCACGUCCGCCUCCAUAGCGCCACUGUUUCCCUCCAUCUACACAUUGAGGGCUAUGGUACUUCCAGAAUCUAGGUCCUUCAUUGAAGACGAGAGUCGCAGGCGCCUCUUCUGGAUGGUUUACCUGCUUGAUCGGUAUGCAACCAUUGCUACCGCAUUUGAGUUCGCCUUGGACGAUAAAGAGAUUGACCGGAAACUGCCCUGUCGCGAUGAUCUUUUCGCACGCAAUCAGCCUGUUGACACCCGAUGGUUCCAGACCAUCGAAGGCGAACAGCAUCAUCUCAACGAGAUGAAUCAUCCCGAAAACCUGGGCUCGUUCAGCUACUACAUCGAGAUCGUUGGAAUUCUCUCACAGAUACAUCGCUUCUUGAAGAAACCUGUUGACAUCAGUGCGCUCUCGGAUGUGGAGCAAUGGCAGCAGGAAUACCGUCAGCUCGACAGCAAACUGAAUCAAUGGAAGUUCAGCCUCCCAAGCGAGUAUGGAAACAUGUCUCGGCUAUUCAACCCGAACGGAGGCAACAAGAUCGUCAACUGCAUCUGGAUUAUGCUGCAUACCACCUACCACACGUGAGUCCGGUCUAUCCUCUCGAAAGCAUGUGUCUGCCUUAUGGUGGCAAACUGCACGAUCUCUCCGCUCAUGCAUACCUUAGUAUGGACCGGUCAAGACGCUAACGUGAGCAACUUCUCAUCAGAACCGUGAUCAGACUCCACUCGUCAGCUGCAUAUCCCACCACGCGGUCACCCAUCUUCACACCGUCAUUCAGUGCCGGCCAGCGGUGUCUGACGGCCGUUGAGGACAUUUGUGCGCUGUGCACAUACGUCAGGAGUAAUCACAUGCUCCCGAAGCUCGGCCCGCCGUUUGCAUUCAGCUUGUGGGUCGCUGCGCGUCUACUCCUUGUCCAUGGCUCGACGAUCGACCACCACGUCAACGCAGCCAUCGGACAACUUGUCGAGACUCUCCGCGAGAUGGGCUACUACUGGAAAGUCGCCGAGCGCUACGCUACGCUCCUGCAGCGUGUCCUGGACGAGUACCAUGAAUACGAACGAGCCCCUGUGGGAGAGAACGGUGUGCGAGAGACUCCCUCGACAGUGAAGAUCCUAGCGGACAUGCGACGCUGUGCAUAUGAUUUGGAUUUCUUGAUCUCGAGACAGCCGAGACAGCAUUUCGGCUCGAAAGCAAAACCCUCGGUGACGCCGGCCAGGACACCCGCGCCGAAUGAGUUGGAAUAUCUCGAUGUCUUUGAUUUCUUCAAUAUGCCGCGGUUGCCUUUUGCCUCGGCGAAUGGUGGUGAGAAUGGGAAUGGGAAUGGAGCUGGUGGCGUUGGUGGUGGUAGUGGAGAAGCGAACGCUGCUGCGCCGGAGUACCAGACGUUCAUGGAAUAUCAAAACAUGGAAGGGAACAACAAUAACGACUGGCUCGUUCAGUGA